AUGCCUGUGAAAUGGACCCCCGAGAAGGAUCAACUGCUCCUUCUCAAAAUCCUGGAAACCCACGAGCUUUCCGUUGACACCAAAAAGGUCGCCGACGCAUGGCCCGGAGAGUCCCGCCCCACCCCACGCGCCAUCACCGAGCGUCUCGUGCGCAUGCGCCAGAUGGUCAAACAGUCCAGCAAAGAGGGCUCCGAAGGCCACUUCAGCAUUGGAAAAGGCGGCAGCUCCAACCCGUCUACGCCCCGCAAGCCGCGCAGGGGUCCCGGAAGCGCGACUGCGACUCCUAGCUCGGGAAAACGCAAGCGUGUUGCGAACGGUGCUGCGAUGUCGUCGCCUAUCAAGCAGGAACUCGAUGACGGGAUGAGUGUGGGCAGUGUCCCUGUCAAGGUUGAGCAGGAUUCGUCGCUUUCUGGUCCUUCCUUUGGUGCCGUGCCGUAUGCGAAUGGACGGGAUGAAACGGGCGCUAUCGGGUCGACUAUUGGGCUUGAGACUCAGGUUGGCAGUGGUGUCGAUCGAGAUGGUGUUGAUUAUGAUCUCAUCAUGCGUGAAAGGGAUGUGAGUCCCACGAAGAGGCCUCGCAGGGCUGCUGUGUCAGCUCCCGGGAUGAUGCGCUACAUGCUCGAUGGAGAUGACGAUGAGGUGGACGUUGAGAGCUCUGCUUCUGAGUAUGUGCCUGAGCAGCGGGCUCUCUUUGGGGUCCAGCACGUCGAUCAGGAUAUGGGGUUUGCUUAG